UAGUAAUAGCACUCGACUCGUCUCGACUCGAGUGAAGGAUUACUUAUUAGUGGUGUCGAGUCUGAAGCCCGAGCCAAUGCUGUAGUUGCUGAAGCCCCAUCCUAUGGAAUACUACCAACUCCCCGGCACAAGCUGCGCAGGGAAUUCAAACUGACGCACAGUCACUAUCAACGUUAUCAUUGCUGAGAUCAUCACUCGUACACGCAGCUGAUCCAUCACUAUCGGACACACAUGAGUCGUCGCAAUCUGAGUUUGGCUGGGCAUGAUUGGACUCAGUUUCCAGUUGCGAUACGUCAACGGACGUACUUUGCUGUGGUGGUUGCUCUGGCCUACUGUUGAGCGGAUUUGCGCAUGCAGUUUCGCAGCGGCAGAUGUCAGUGCACGCAAGAGAUGACUUCUUGCAUGAGCAGCGUUGAGUGUCACACACUCCUCGGCACCCGCAGCUGAUGAGGCUCUGAAGUUCUUUUGGCACUGCCUGCUGUUCCGUCCAAUUCACAGCGACUUUGCCUGAGGGAAGAAACAAACAUUGUCACAGACAGUUAAUUUAUUCCUCGCGUAUAUUUGUGCAGUAGACAGUCAACGCUUCCGGCUGGUUGACCGUGCUUCCUCUCAAGCAGGAAGGUUAUGACAUGUCGGCGGUCCAGUUCCGCGAUCAGUUGGCCAUUCGCUAUGGCCAGGAGCCGAACGCUCUCCCGUCGCAUUGCGAUGGCUGUGGAGCUGCUUUCUCUCUACAGCAUGGUCUGGAUUGCAUGAAGGGUGGGCUCAUCAAGCGCGGGCACAACGAUGUCCGCGACUUCGAUGCCCGGCUGGCAGACGUUGCAUGGGGAGGUGUGGCUGUCAAGCCGGUGAUGGUACCUGUGCAGGAUGGCAACAACCGCCCCACACUGCAGGCGGAUUGGCUGGUCCGGGGAGUUUGGGAAGGAGACAGGGUGGCGUACUUUGACAACCGCAUCGUGGAUGCCGACGCACCCAGCUACGUCCGCUCGAACCUCUCUUGGAACGCCGUAUCCAACAGUGCUGCCUCUUCCAAGAAGAGAAAGUACAAGGCGGCCGCAGAGGAGCUGCGAGCAUCCUUCACCCCGCUGGUCUGCUCAACUGAUGGUGCACUGCACACAGAGUACCGUGCGUAUCAACGGCGACUUGCUAUGCGCCUUGCCUCCAGGUGGGACAAGUCCUACAGCAACGUCAUGUCCUGGGUGCGGACCAACCGUCAGUUUGCUGUUUUCCGGGCUGUCGACCUUCGUCUCCGGGGUUCACGUCGUCGUCUCAGUGGGCUGGCAAUUUGCGAUGGUGUCGGCCUUGGCGUUGGCCGUUAA